CUGCAAUAUAACAAUAGUGGCUCCAAGCGGCAGGCCACUGGGAGUGCCUGGAGCCAAAACCUUGGGCUUGGAACACCACACAAGGUCAACGUGCUCCAUAUACACCGUCAUCUCGAAUCUGCGUCAUUCCAGGCCAGAGAUACAAGUGACCCUCGACUGUUUCUCCCUCUUCAUUGUCUGUACAGACGUCUGACUCGGUGCCCUUUGCUCGUCUGUCUCACCGCCUGUGCCACCCAUGGCUCGAUAACUUCUUGAGAUAAACCACACCCCCCCCCACAUUGAAGAAUUGCCCACAAAAUCAACACCGUCCGUCGUCUGGCACCGCACGCCCUCUCCUGCUCCCUCUCCCUAUCGCUUUCCGAGUCCCUCUGGCUCUGAAGGCAGCCGGCCGGUCGAAUAUGGAAGAUCAGAUCGUCAACGCCAUAGAAAUCGCCGGCAACCAUACCUCCGACCAGGCCCUCAAGGGGCAAGCGUUCGAGUUUCUCAACCAGCUCCGCUCCGAUCCCGCAGGAUGGCAGGUUUGCCUGGCUAUCUUUACCAAGACUCCGCAGCAUUCGGAGAUUGUGCGUCAUGUCGCGUUGGAGGUGGUCAAUAGUGCCGCGCAGGCUGGAAUGAUCGAUCUGCAGGCGUUGGGGUUCGUGAAGCAGAGCCUGCUGGCGUAUCUGCAGCAGAUGUACGGGCCGGACAGCACCGCGGCACAACCUGAUUCCCCUAGCAUCCAGAACAAGAUCGCCCAGACCGUGACCUUCCUCUUCUCUGCCCUCUACCCCGGUGGCUGGGAGACCUUUUUCGACGACCUGCUCGGUCUGACGUACAAGACCUCCGCCAGCACAACCCGCGACAACGCACUCGGCAUCAUCUUCUACCUACGGGUCGUCAACUCAAUCCAUGACGAGAUCGGCGACGUCUUAGUCUCGCGCUCGCGCCCGGAGCAGGACAAGGCCAACUCGCUCAAAGACCUGAUCCGCCAGCGGGAUGUGCAGAAGAUCGUGACUUCAUGGCAAGAGAUCCUGGCCGCGUGGCGUGACGGCAAUGAUACCAUCGUCGAGAUGUCUCUCAAGGCUGUGGGGAGCUGGGUCAGCUGGAUCGAUAUCGGUCUCGUCGUGAACCAGACCAUGCUGGACCUGCUGUUCCAACAGCUCGCCCGGGCGCAGAACGCCGACCUGCGCCUUGGCGAGGAGAAGGUGCGGGACGCUGCGGUCGACGUCUUCACCGAGAUCAUCGGCAAGAAGAUGAAGGCCGAGGACAAGAUUGAUAUGAUCAUCUUCCUCAACCUCGAUACCAUCGUCUCCCAGCUCUCCAACAGUCCCCCCCUGCGUGACAACCGGUUCACCUCAAAGUACGACACGGAUCUGGCGGAGACGGUGGCGAAACUGGUCAACAUCACCGUCAUCGAUAUCGUGCGAGUGCUGGAGAACGACGCAGUUGCCGCCGAUGCCAAGGAGAAAGCCAGUGGGCUCCUGCAGACCUUCCUGACGCAUAUCCUCCGCUUCUUCUCCGACGAGUAUGACGAGGUGUGUUCGACCGUCAUCCCCUGCGUGAACGACCUCCUGUCCUACUUCCGCAAGGUUGUCAAGACCAAUUCAUCUCUCGCCGCCCAAAACUCCACCAUCAUGCUCCCCAUCCUCAAGGCGAUUAUCGCCAAGAUGCGCUACGACGAGACCUCUUCCUGGGGCGACGAGGACGAACAGACAGACGAGGCCGAGUUUCAGGACCUACGCAAGCGCCUUGCUGUCCUUCAACAGAUCGUUGCCUCCGUCAACGAGCAGCUCUACAUCGAUGCCGUCUCCGAAGUUGUCGGCACCACCUUUGAGAAUCUGCGCCAGCCCGGAUCCCACCUCGACUGGCGGGACCUCGACCUUGCCCUGCACGAGAUGUUCCUCUUUGGCGAUCUUGCUGUCAAGGGCGGCAGUCUCUACACCAAGAAUACCCCCAAUAACCCUGCUGCUGAGCGUCUCAUUGAGAUGAUGCUCCGCAUGGUCGAGUCUGAUAUUCGCUCUUUCACCCACCCUGCUACACAGCUUCAAUAUAUGGAGAUUUGCGUUCGCUAUAGCUCCUUCUUCCACCACCACACACACCUCAUCCCCGGGGUUCUUGAAAGUUUCCUGCAGCUCGUGCAUCAUCCAGUUAAGAAAGUCAAGACGAGAUCCUGGUAUCUGUUCCAGCGGCUAGUGAAGCAUCUGCGGACUCACAUCGGCAACGUGGCGCAGACGGUCGUUGAAGCGCUUGGCAGCCUUCUGGUCAUCCAGGCAGAGGUGCCGUCAGAAGGCGCCGAUGGGGAUGAAAUGUCCUCCGAGGACCACGAAGGAUCGGCUGAUGCUGUCUUCAACAGCCAAUUGUAUCUCUUCGAGGCAAUCGGGAUCAUCUGCUCCACCCCCGGCGUGACGGCGGACAAGCAGGUCCUGUACGCUCAAUCCGUCCUGAAUCCAAUCUUCGUUGAUAUGGAGCGGAACCUGGCGGCCGCAAAAGCCGACGACGAGCGAUCUAUCCUCCAGAUCCACCACCACAUCAUGGCGCUGGGCACACUGGCCCGUGGCUUCUCGGAUUGGAUGCCCGGCACGACCUCUCCCUCCGCUCUCCCGGCCCCCGAGGUCUCCGAAGCAUUUGUUCAGGUAUCCGAAGCGACCCUUGUCGCACUUGAGUCCCUCAAGGGCUCGUUCAAUAUCCGAACGGCCUCCCGCUUUGCGUUCUCCCGCCUGAUUGGGGUUCUGGGCGCCAGAAUUUUGCCUCAGCUUCCGCGGUGGAUCGACGGCCUCUUGACGCAGACUUCAUCUCGGGACGAGAUGGCCUUGUUCCUGCGGCUCCUGGACCAAGUCAUCUUUGGGUUCAAGACUGAAAUAUAUGCGAUUCUCGACGCCCUCCUCACUCCAUUCCUGCAGCGUGUCUUUUCAGGCAUCGCGGAUCCGACAACGGGCACUGAUGACGAGAUCCAGCUGGCAGAACUGAAACGCGAGUAUCUCAAUUUCCUGCUUGCUGUGCUGAACAACGACCUUGGUUCCGUCAUCAUCAGCGAGCGGAACCAACCAAUCUUUGAAACCGUCAUCUCGACCAUCGAGCACUUUGCCAAAGACGUAGAAGACUUUACAACAGCGAAAAUGGCCUUCUCCGUGCUGUCGAAGAUGGCUAGCUCCUGGGGUGGCCCGGACCUGACCGUCGAGCCGGCGAACGGAAUCAUCACCCCCCCUUCCCAGACUGGACUGCCAGGCUUUGGCCAGUUCAUGAUCACCCGCUUCUCCCCGCUAUGCUGGGCCCUCCCGGCCACCCCGUCCUUCAACGCCAAGGAUGCGCAGGCGAAGCAGGUUCUUGCAGAGGCGGGAGCCUUGCAGCGCACCAUCUACAGCAAGACGGGCGCCGAGUACACCGAAUACCUGCGCACCCGCGAGCUGCCGGGCGUAGGCAUGGGCUCUGAUCUGAUUGAGGAAUUUGUGAAUGCCUUGGACCGUCUGGACAUGAAGGGGUUCCGGCAGUUUUUCCCAACAUUCAUUCAACGCCUCAGUGCAUGAACAUACAUUUCUCCCAUCCUGUAUUUUCUCUGUUACUCUAGAUUCCCCCCCCCCGGUGUUACGUGCCCAUGUCCAUGUUCAUUGUUCAUGUCUUCCUU